ACAUCUACAAUUGAUAUAAGAUAUGCUAAGUUACUGUUAUUCAACCUCGAGGUUUCUAUAUGAAUUGGUACUUCAAAUGUAAUUACUAUGCUGUUGGUUUUACUGUGGAAUUAUACUUGGCCUCUUCCACGACGAACGCGUUGCUACGACUAUGUCACCAAACAUACGACAUUCGCAGCUAGCAGCUAGCAAAUUCUUCGAGGUGAAAUUCAAAUACGAUCCGAGUAUGGUUGAUAGUCUUGAGGCAUUCAAUGAAUAACGCUCCAUUUCUUUAUGCUUUUGCGGAAGUUAAGGACCCUGUUACUCAAGCUUCUCGCAUGUACGAUUCACAAUAAGACAUUUGUGCCAAAUCCCUUCCAAGAUGGCUGGUCUUCAAAGUCAAUUCGAGGUCAUUUCGACCACCGAGUUUUUAGACACCACAGUUGAGGUCCUUAUAGGAGAUAUGUUAAAGUAUCCGGUCGAUGUGAUUGUCAAUGCUGCGAAUGUCAAAUUGAAGAAGGGGGGUGGUAUUGAUGGGGCGAUUCAUGCUGCAGCUGGUCCAGAACUACAAGGUGAAAUGAAUGAACUAUUCCAACAUCCAGGACAAGUGGGUGGCGCUUACGGAACGACUUCUUCUUGGGAUAUCCAAUCUUGCAGAUAUAUUAUCCAUGCUGUUGGUCCGAACUGGAAUAUACCCGAGCAGCAAGACGGAAAAUUUCUAUUUACCGCUAUUCAAAAUAGUCUAGACCUUGCGAUGAAGAACAAGCUGAGAUCCAUCGCAUUUCCUGGAAUCUCAAUGGGAAUUUUUGCAAUGCCGAAAAGUUUAGCAGGGUUGGUGAUAAUAUCCGCCCUUAGAACAUGGAUCAUAAAGUACCGGGGAGAAAUGGAUCGCAUUAGUAUAUUGCUAUUGGGGUAUUCAGAAGACGAAAUAACAGAGACACGGUUGCGAGAAAUCACUCGAUAUAUGCCAGAUACGGGUCCUGGUCUGGAUAAACUCGUACCCGCAGCUUUCAGAUCAACGUCCCAUGCUAGUACAGCACCAGAACCAUUUCCAGUCAUGACACCCAGUGGAUCUCAGGUUGACCUAAGUUCAGGUCAAGCUGAGACUCCAGAUCCUUUAACUGACCCAUCAGCUUCACCAGCACCUCCCCCAGUUACGACGACGAGUGAACUUCCUAUUGUCACUACAGCCGGUGAAGCUCUUCCCCCACCUGACCCUCGUCCACCUGGAGACUCAGCUGGACCUCCCCCACCUGACCCUCGUCCACCUGGAGGCUCAGCUGAGCCUCCCCCAAGACCUGAAGGCGCGCACGCUGAAACCCCAAGCGAUUCCGAAGAUGAACCGCCUAACUACCUCUUCAAAUUCUACGAACCACUGUCACGUAUGUGGAUGGGAGCAGAUCGAUAUUACGCUUUGUUAGAAGCUGGAAUCGACCCCGCAACCUUCUUUGAAGGAAUGAAAAUCCCUGAUCCCGAAGAAGAUCCCAAUGUAGAUCCCCUCGUUGGCGAAGAAAGAGAUUCGUGGAGAGAAUAUAACGCCGAGAGAAUCCGUCGAGGAAGAGAAAUUAGUCAAGCCUUAGGAUUGCCAAUGACGGCUGCAGAAAUUGCGGAUGAGGAUAAGGACAAGGAGGAGGUGAAGACUGCCCAUGAGAAAAGUAUAUCCGAGUCACAAGAACUUACGAAGACAAGAACUGCAGUGCGCGAUGAAAUAAUUAUAAGUGAGGGGAUAAUCAACUGUACUGCUCUUACAGAAAGUGGGUUCCCAUGCCGUUUUCGUGGCUAUGUUGCGAUAUGGCGCAAUCAUAAAGUCCCGGAUCGUUGUUCUACACACCAGGAUCUGGAGAAAUUUCCGCGGGCUUGAGGAAGAGUGAAAGUGAGGGGGGAGUGUCUCAAUGUGUUAGGGCUAUUGGGUUUGUAGCUAGAGAAGAGGUGUUUAUUCAUAGCUUGGAUUUAAUCAUUUGUUUGGAUAGACGAUGAAUCAUAUCAGUCUCAAAUAUGUCGCUUCCUUCUUGACCUUCUCCAUUCUCCAAUGGAAGAAGACUAAUUGUAAUUCUAUCCAGGUUAGAUGGUGUUGCUGCGAGCGAGGCCAGAAUCUCAAAUAUCUGCAAAAGCAAUUAAGAUCGUGCGGGUGCAAAUAUCGUCAAGGUUCCCUAAAGUAC